GGCUUUAAGGCUUUCAGGCAUCCUGCUCACUUCACUGUGGUGAACCGACUGGAGGAGAGAGAGGCCGACACACUGAGCAGAUCUGAGCCCGGAGCAGAACCUUUUCUUUCAUCAUGAAUGCAGACAAACAUCCUGAAUUUUUGUCCUCGGAGGGAGACAGGAUGGACGUUAGUGCAGAUUCUGCAGAUGUGAAGUCACACGAGGAGGAAGAAGAGAAGGAGGCAAACGAAAUCAAGGACAUUGAAGAAGAUGCACGUGUGAUAAAGACGGAGGACGUGGAGGACGAAGGUGUAGGCGGGGACAGCGAGGAGGACGGAUUGGACGAGGACAGAACGGAGGAGGGCAAUGAGGAGGGGGAGGAGGAGGAGGAGGAGGAGCCCCAGGACCUGUCCCUGAUGGACUACGCCCGCUACGACGGCGCCGCCCUGCAGGACCAACAGGAAGCCGCGGCUGACGGAGCCGACGCCCCUCGACUGCAGGGGGCGGGGAAACUCAGCUGCGACGUGUGUGGACUGAACUGCAUCAGCGUCAACGUGCUGCUGGUGCACAAGCGCAGCCACACGGGCGAGCGGCCGUUCCACUGCAGUCAGUGUGGAGCUUCUUUCACUCAGAAGGGAAAUCUGCUGCGACACAUCAAACUGCACUCAGGAGAGAAACCCUUCAAAUGCCCCAUGUGCAGCUACGCCUGCCGACGCAGAGACGCCCUGAGUGGACACCUGCGCACACACUCCGUUGAGAAGCCCUUCAAGUGUAACCACUGCAACCGCAGCUACAAGCAGCGCAGCUCCCUGGAAGAACACCGAGACCGCUGCCACGUCUACAUCCAGAACAAGUGUCCCAGCGAGAGAGCCGAUGACGGACACCCCACCCGGACCCACAUGGGCCCCGAGCGGGCGCUGCUGCUGGACAGGCUGGCCAGCAACGUGGCCAAGCGCAAGAGCUCCAUGCCGCAGAAGUUCACCGGUGAUAACGGCGUCUGUCUGGACCUGAGCUUUAAUCACCGAAACGACCUCAAAGAGCCCCCCCCGGACUCCCCGUCCCCGGACGGGAUCGAGCCGCCCCCCAACCUCGGGCCUUACCCCAUCCAGCUGACCCACGGCGACCUCGCCGCCAUGAGCUUCGCCAACGGCCACGGGACGGCGGCGCCCCCGCCUGGCGCGGCCCGCCGGCCCCCGGGCCCGGACGGCCCCGGGCCCCCCCGGCCCGUCCUGUACAGCCUGGGGCACCUGCUCAACCACCCGCAGCCCCUCCCCCCGCCGCCCCUGGAGGCGCUGCGGGCCAUGCGGGCGGAGGGCGAGGCCGGGCCGGCGCCGGGCGCCGUGUACCCCUGCGGCCACUGCCGGGUGGUGUUCCUGGACUACGUCAUGUUCACCAUCCACAUGGGCUGCCACGGCUUCCGAGACCCGCUGGAGUGCAACGUGUGCGGCCACCGCAGCCGCGACCGCUACGAGUUCUCCUCCCACAUAGUCCGCGGCGAGCACCGCCUCGAACUGAAGUAGGCCAUGCCCACCGCCACGGACAGCCCUCACACACACACACACACACACACACACACACUCAGGAACACAACACACAUGGAUAAAUAAUACACAUGCAUGCAAACCACGCACACACACAUCACACAGAACACACACAUAUCCCUCAUACACACCAUGCAGUCACACCCGCCACAUGCGCAUAUACAUACCAUGCAUGCACACAGACCACGCACACACAUUAACACCCAGCAUGCAUACACACACACACCAUGCAUGCACCACACACAUGCACCAUGCCCACACACACAUCACAUACACACGCACGCACACACACACACACACACACACACACACACACACACACACACACACACACACACACACACACACACACACACACACACACACACACACACACACACACACGCACAGCAAAAGAAAGAAGUGACUCAUUCCAAGAAAGCUCAACAUGUGUGAACCUCUGGGUUCAUCUUUAAGUCUUGACUGUUCCAGCGGGUCUGCUCCACUCCAUUUAUGUUAAACAUGCCAGAAGACAACGCCUGGCCACGCCUCUGGCGCCCCCCUGAGGGGGCUCGGACCCCAGGUUGGGAGUUACUGUUCUGGAGUUUGCAUUAAUUGUGCAUCUGCUGUUGUUGUUUUACUUUUUUAAAUAUCUAUUGAAUAAGGUCGGCCUUCAUCUGUCACGUCUGAAGCUGCAGGCUGCACACAGCUCCUCUGAUAAACACCAAAAAAAAAAAAAAAAAAUCCAUCAUGCUGAAGGUCACGAGUCUCUUUUUAGGCUGUGGUUUCACAGCAUGCAU